AUGCUUGCAUGCAUUGACAAGCCUGCUACCUACAUCCCCCCCCUCAUCCCUCUCCAAUCAGCCACUGUCGGCAUGUGGAGGUGUCUCAUAUUCAUUCACACAUCUGCCCUCCCCUCUCCCCAGCACAUGUACUGCACUGGCGGUUCCUCCAUCCAUACCACCGCCAUGCGCACCACUCACCCCCAUGCAAUGCCUCUUGCGCUGCCACUGCCUCCAUCCAGCCCACCGCUAGUGGGUGGGCAGCGCAAGAGGCAGCCCAGUGACGGCCAGCCAGCAGCAGCGCAUCUGCCUCGCCAGCUAACUCCCCACUUCGUGCCCUCCUACUUCUCAGACUCCCCCAUAUACUUCCACCAACCUGGAAACCAUAACCCUCCCUUUUCACAGCUCCUGCCUUUCCUCCCCCUCCCACUUCCCCCCUCCUCCCCCCUCCCUUCUCUCUUCCUUCUCUACCUCGCAAAUCCUUCUUGUCCUUCUUCCCGCCGUUCUCCCCCAAUUCCCUCCCCCACUCCUCUCACCGCCUCCUCUAUCCCUCUCCCUCCCCUCCUCGUCCCCCCCCUUCUUUUUCCCCCCUCGCCUCCUCUCUUCCGCUCCUCUCCCCCGCCCCCCUUCCACACCCCACUCCCACUCCGUCCCAUACCUCAGCAGUACUCCACCGCCACUUGCCACACCGCGCCAAACAAAUGGACCUGA